AUGUCCUCUCAGGAAAUAAAACCUAUGCCUUUAAAACUUUAUAAUGCAAUAGUGAAAGACUUUAAUAAACUAGGUUCGUUUAGUAGAAACGCUGAAAAUGAUUUACGGAAAAAAUAUAAAGAUGUGCCGAAUGAAACAUUGGGUAGCAUAAUAUCCCUAAUUGUUCAACGUGCUAUGAAACAGAGUUAUAGAAAGUCUCCUGUAAUAUCUAGCAAAUACUAUGAACUGUAUGAGGAAAUGAUGAAAGACAAUAAAAAGGGUGAUGUCAUACUCAAGCUAGCUGAUAGUCAAGGUAUUAGUCCGGCUCUAUUUGUUAGAUCGUUGCUGCAAAAUGCUUACACGGAUUCUGUUGCUGUAAAAAAAUAUAUUAAAGAUACAACACUGAUUGAAAAUAAGGAUCUAGCAUAUCAAGUUUUUAUGGGUAUUAUGUAUGAUAAUAGGUACGGGCCACAUUUAGAUAUUAUGAGGCAGUCCAUAGGUUUGGAAUAUGAAUUACGACUAGAGAGAGAGCUAAGACUGAUGAAUAUAUCAUUUUCCGAUGAAAGCGUACUCAGGUUACGAGGAUAUGAUAAGACACCAGACUUCAAAUUAGACGUUCCGAUUGCUGUUGACGGCUUCAUUGUCAAUUGGAUAGAAAGUAAAGCUCUCUUUGCCGAUGACGAGAACCACUUGGGCUAUUUGAAAGAACAGCUGAUGUGCUAUUGGAAUAGAUUUGGCCCCGGCAUGGUUAUAUAUUGGUUUGGCUAUUUAGAAACUCUUGAUUGUACACCAGAAGUUAAUAACAUGUUUAUCCUGCGUACGAAAUUCCCUGACAAACAGAGCAUUACUCAAUACAAAGUUGAUUUGUAA